AUGGGAGGUAUCAGUCUUGAAGAGAUCAAGAAUGAGAACGUUGAUCUGGAGCGAAUUCCGGUGGAGGAAGUGUUUGAGCAGCUGAAAUGUUCGAAAGAAGGUUUAUCGUCCGACGAAGGAGCGAAUCGGCUUCAGGUUUUUGGUCCGAACAAAUUGGAAGAGAAAAAGGAGAGCAAGUUUUUAAAGUUUUUAGGGUUUAUGUGGAAUCCUUUAUCAUGGGUUAUGGAAGCUGCUGCUAUUAUGGCGAUUGCUUUGGCUAAUGGAAGUGGAAGACCUCCGGAUUGGCAGGAUUUUGUUGGUAUUAUUUCUCUGUUGGUUAUUAAUUCAACUAUCAGUUUUAUUGAAGAGAAUAAUGCUGGAAAUGCUGCUGCUGCUCUCAUGGCUGGUUUAGCACCCAAAACAAGGGUUCUCAGAGAUGGUCGCUGGUCUGAAGAAGAUGCUGCAAUUUUAGUCCCUGGUGACAUAAUCAGCAUUAAAUUGGGAGAUAUCAUUCCUGCGGAUGCUCGUCUUCUUGAGGGUGAUGCUUUGAGUGUUGAUCAGUCGGCUUUAACUGGAGAAUCUCUUCCGGCAACAAAGAAUCCCUCGGAUGAAGUCUUUUCUGGAUCAACUGUUAAGAAAGGUGAGAUUGAAGCAGUUGUUAUUGCUACCGGAGUGCACACAUUUUUCGGUAAAGCUGCUCACCUUGUUGACAACACAAACCAAGUUGGUCACUUUCAGAAAGUUCUAACAGCAAUUGGUAACUUCUGCAUUUGCUCAAUUGCUGUUGGAAUACUGAUUGAGCUCGUUGUCAUGUAUCCGAUUCAACACCGCAAGUAUAGAGAUGGAAUUGACAAUCUUUUGGUUUUAUUGAUCGGUGGAAUUCCAAUUGCUAUGCCUACUGUUUUGUCUGUUACUAUGGCUAUCGGCUCUCACAGGCUUUCUCAACAAGGUGCAAUUACAAAGAGAAUGACGGCUAUUGAGGAAAUGGCAGGAAUGGAUGUUCUCUGCAGUGACAAAACUGGGACUCUGACCUUAAAUAAGUUGUCUGUUGAUAAAAACUUGAUUGAGGUUUUUGCUAAGAAUGUAGAGAAGGAUUAUGUUAUCCUUCUUGCAGCAAGGGCUUCUAGGACUGAGAAUCAGGAUGCAAUAGAUGCUGCAAUUGUUGGGAUGCUUGCUGAUCCAAAGGAGGCACGAGCUGGUGUAAGGGAGAUUCAUUUUUUCCCAUUCAACCCUGUAGACAAGAGAACUGCUUUAACCUACAUUGACUCUGAUGGAAAUUGGCAUCGAUCAAGCAAAGGUGCCCCUGAGCAGAUAUUGAACCUCUGCAACUGCAAAGAGGAUGUCAGGAAGAAAGCUCAUUCCGUAAUUGACAAGUUCGCUGAGCGUGGACUACGUUCUUUGGGUGUUGCUAGACAGGAAGUACCUGAGAAAAAUAAAGAUAGCCCUGGUGCACCAUGGCAAUUUGUUGGUCUGUUACCGUUGUUUGAUCCUCCUAGGCAUGACAGUGCUGAAACCAUCACAAGAGCUCUGAACCUUGGUGUGAACGUUAAGAUGAUUACUGGUGAUCAGCUUGCCAUUGCCAAGGAAACUGGCCGAAGACUUGGGAUGGGAACAAACAUGUAUCCAUCUUCGUCAUUACUCGGUCAAAGCAAGGAUGCUGCUGUUGCAGCUCUUCCAGUUGAUGAGUUGAUUGAGAAGGCUGAUGGAUUUGCUGGAGUAUUUCCUGAACACAAAUAUGAAAUUGUAAAGAGGCUGCAAGAGAGGAAACAUAUAUGUGGUAUGACAGGUGAUGGUGUCAAUGAUGCUCCCGCAUUAAAAAGAGCAGAUAUUGGUAUUGCUGUUGCUGACGCUACAGAUGCUGCUAGAGGCGCUUCUGAUAUUGUCCUUACUGAACCUGGUCUAAGUGUCAUUAUUAGUGCAGUGCUCACCAGCAGGGCAAUUUUCCAAAGGAUGAAGAACUAUACUAUCUAUGCUGUGUCAAUCACCAUUCGUAUUGUGUUUGGUUUCAUGUUCAUCGCGUUGAUCUGGAAGUUUGAUUUUGCACCCUUCAUGGUGUUGAUUAUCGCCAUACUAAAUGAUGGUACCAUUAUGACAAUAUCCAAGGAUAGAGUGAAACCAUCUCCACUACCAGACAGUUGGAAACUGAAAGAGAUAUUUGCUACUGGUGUUGUGCUAGGUAGCUACAUGGCACUAAUGACAGUAGUAUUUUUCUGGCUCAUGAAGGAUACCGAUUUCUUCUCGGACAAGUUCGGUGUGAGGUCUAUCAGAAAAAACCCUGAUGAAAUGAUGGCAGCCCUCUACCUACAAGUCAGUAUUAUAAGCCAGGCCCUAAUUUUUGUCACCAGGUCCCGUAGCUGGUCCUUUUUAGAAAGACCUGGUCUUCUCCUAUUGGGUGCUUUUAUGAUUGCUCAGCUGGUGGCAACUUUUAUCGCAGUAUAUGCCAAUUGGGGCUUUGCAAGAAUUAAGGGAAUGGGAUGGGGUUGGGCUGGUGUAAUCUGGGUGUACAGUCUAGUGACAUAUUUCCCUCUUGAUAUACUCAAAUUCGUAAUCCGCUAUGUUCUAAGUGGAAAAGCUUGGGAUAAUCUUUUGGAGAACAAGACUGCUUUCACAACAAAGAAAGACUACGGCAAAGAAGAGAGAGAAGCACAGUGGGCAACUGCUCAGAGGACUCUCCAUGGUCUUCAAUCACCCGAAACAACCAACCUUUUCAAUGACAAGAAUAGCUACAGGGAGCUUUCUGAGAUUGCUGAGCAAGCCAAAAGACGCGCUGAGGUUGCACGGCUUAGGGAGCUUCACACUCUAAAGGGUCACGUCGAAUCAGUUGUGAAGCUUAAGGGACUUGAUAUUGACACUAUGCAACAACAUUACACUGUUUAA